CUGACGACCAUGUCUGGCCCCGUCCCGAUCGUCGACGCCGCACACCCGUUUGCGCGGGACUCCGACGAGCUCAACCCGCCUGACAUCAUUAUGCGCUCCGCUGACAGAGUCGACUUCUUCGCUCACAAGCAGAUGCUCGCAUUCUCGUCGAACUGCUUCGCCAACAUGUUUGCCUUUCCCGCGCCAACUGUCGACGACGCGAACCCGACGCGUGCUGGCCUGACUGUCGUCGUGGUCCCGGAGCCCGCUGUUGCGCUCCGCGUGCUUCUGCUUAUGUCUUAUCCCCGGUUUUCUGCUACCUACAUCGUCGACUCGUUCGACGGCGUCGCCGAGGCCUAUGCCGCGGCGAAGAAAUACGAUAUUCCUGCGGCGAUCACUCACAUCCCCAAGCUUCUCCUGGAACCUGUGCUCCUCGCGCGCGAGCCCUAUCGCGUCUUCGCCAUCGCCCACAUUUUACAGUUGGAGGACAUUGCGAAGGCCGCUGCGGCAGAAACGCUGAAGCACCCGAUCCUCGGUCCGGCGGCCCAUGUCCCGGAGUAUGCCCUUAUUUCUGCCCACCAGCUGUGGCAGCUCCAUGCUUUCCGCCGCGAGGUUGCUGAUGUGUUGAAGGGCAUUGUCGAACUAUUUGUCCGUCCCUGUCUCGCGGAAAACCUAGUCAUAUACGACGACGCUUUCACGCCCGAGCGAGCGCAUCUGACGCUCGUCUGGUGGUCCCCAAUGGGCCCGCGCGGGAAACACGCGGUUGGUUGUGGAGCCUCCCUUCUCGCCGUCCCCGAGGACUUUCCGGAAGUAUUGGUAGUCCCUGCCCCCUGGUUCAGCGAACACAUCGACCGCGUCAUGCAGCGCGUCAGCUCGCUCUACACGCCCUUCGAAACGAAUGUCGACCACGUCGCCGAGUUUUUGGGGCAGAUAACGCCGGAAAUCAUCACCGCCACAUCCAAGUGCCCGCUGUGCACCGCGAAAGCGGCAACGGACUUGAAGGAGUUGGCGGAUGGGUUCAGGGUCGUCGCAAAGGGGAGCAUCGAGCAUGUUCUGCAGAAAACGACAUUCAUUACACUUUAG